CUCCCAACUUAUCAACCAUUUUCUCCUCCAAAAAACCCUCUCUUCCACAAUUCUUUUUCUCUUCCCCUAUCCUUCCCCAACCCUCCAUUUUUCUACAAGCCAACAACUUAAUUCCCUUGACAUAUUGUCCCACGCCUCAAACAAACAACAUUUUCCAGUCUCUCUAAAACAAUAUGGCCUUCCCUAAUUCCUUUCUUCUAGCCGCCCUCUUUUCUUUCCUCUCGCUUCUUCCCUCAGCACAAUCUCGUCUAUCCACCGAGUAUUAUAACAAAACCUGCCCUCAGUUUCAUAACGUAAUGCAAAGAAUCAUUGCUGACAAGCAACUGAGUGCCCCCACAACCGCCGCUGCCAUCCUCCGUGUUUUUCACGACUGCUUUGUCAAUGGCUGUGACGCCUCCCUUCUCAUUGCCUCCAAUGCCUUUAACAAAUCGGAGCUAGCCGCAGAUAACCAGUCCCUCGCUGGAGAUGCCUUUGACCUGAUCGUUCGUGCCAAGACCGCCCUCGAGCUUGAAUGCCCCGGUGUCGUUUCGUGCUCUGACAUUCUCGCGGUUUCUGCUAGAGACCUUGUUGUCAUGGUGGGCGGUCCCUUCUAUAAAGUCCGUUUGGGGAGAAAAGACAGCAAGGAAUCCGAUCCCUCUAUAGUCGAAAGCAAUAUCCCUAAAACUACAACACCAAUGAGUGAGAUUCUUGCUCUCUUCGCUGCCAAAGGGUUUUCAGCCAAAGAAAUGGUUGCCCUUACGGGUGCACAUACCAUUGGUUUCUCCCAUUGUAAAGAGUUUGCCAAUCGAAUAUUCAACUUCAGCAAGACUUCUGAGUAUGACCCUGCCUAUAAUCCUGUAUUCGCACAAGGGUUGAGGAAACUCUGCGCUAAUUAUACCAAAUCUCCAGAAAUGUCAGCUUUCAAUGAUGUGUUCACGCCAGGAAAGUUUGACAACAUGUAUUUCAAGAAUUUGCAAAGAGGAUUGGGGUUGUUGUUGUCUGAUCAGGCUAUGCUCACUGACAACACGACCAGGCCAUUUGUGGACCUGUUUGCUGCAAACCAGACAGCAUUUUUUGAUGCGUUUGCUCGGUCCAUGGAGAAGUUGAGCCUUUAUAAAAUCAAGAGGAAUAGGGAAGGCGAAGUAAGACGCAGAUGCGAUCAAUUUAACACUCUUGAGACUUAAUGAGAGAUACUAGAGGCGGUGGUAGACAAUGCGGAUCAAAGAUUCUUUUUGUUCCUUGGCUUAUAGUUGCCACCGUCACUGUUGUAUUUUAAUCCCAAAAUGUUGUAAGGAAUUGUAGAGCAUCGUCAAGUAUUUUUUUUUUUUUUUCU